AUGACAAUAACAUUCAACCUAUUACAUACAACAUUGAUAAUCAAUGUUUUGUCUAUUCAUUCUCGUUUAUCAUCCAAUCCAUGUUAUAUUUCAACUUUGUAUGUCUAUUCAUACAACCAAAUCCAUAUCGUAAGAAUUGGUAAACUGGUUACACUCUGUGUUGAUUCACCUCCAACCUUGACAAUGCAAACUACAGCUUCAGAAGUAUAUACUGAUGUUUUUAUUCCUGAAAGAUUUAGACCUCCCAAUAUUCAAAUAGUCACAGUGUCAACAUACCAAAAACAAUCUCCAACUUUAUUUAUUCAUCCAUGUAGAAUCUGUUGUAUGUUAGAUGGACAAUUGAUAAUCCAAAAUAGUGAUGGAAGUGGAAUACCUUGUGAUGCCAACCAAUCUUUUUCCAUUGAUCCAUUUUCUAUGAGCUAUGUUUGCAUAUAA